AAAAUUCUCUGUUAAAAGAAAAAAGGACAGAACUCAAGGCGCAGGGUUUCUCUCUACCUCAUUUUCCUGUGUCUCUCUCUCUUAACCUCUCAAUGAAAAUCUCUUCCAGGGUCGAAUUCUCAAGCGAAACGCGUCAAGGAUUUACCCUGUUGACAGUUUUAGGAUCAGGGCAUGGAUUCUGAUUGGGAUCAGUGCUUGGUUUUGGUUUAAAGCGUUAAGUUUUAGAUUUCGAUGCUUCUGUUGACUACGUUUUGGUAAUAAAUCAGAGACCCUUGUCGCUCUCGUGAAUCGAGUUUAGUGAUUCUAUAGCGUUUUCUGGGCCUGAGGGAAGAAAACUCUAGAUUUUUCCCUGCAUUUUCGCAGGGUUUGAUUUCUUGUGUUCUCUCGCAAUCUGGAGUGGCUGAUUGUGGCUGAUUGCGCAAUUGGAUACAAGUCUGGAUUUUUGUUUUUUCACUUGUCCACAGAGGUUUUUGGCUCGUUUUUGGAUUCUUGAGCAGUUUUUUUAGUUGUUAUUUCAGAAAUUUGGGUAGAUGGAGAACGAGAGCGUGAGUGAUGAGAUAUACCCUGAUGAGCCUGUAAGUUCUGAGUUGGAAACUGAGGAGAUCAUUAUUCAAUCUCCAAAGAAAGACUUCCAGGAAUUUACAGUGGAAGGAGGCGAAGGGAGUGAUGUGGUUUUUGCUAGAGAGGGACCUUUUAUAGGUAGUAAUGACCAAGCUACAACACAAUCGAGCAAAUGCUGUGGUUGUAGUGCCAAGAAACUAAAAUGCAGUGAAAAUAUUGAUCCUCUUGAGAAGGGAAAUCUCGGGAAAGAGAAGAAGCUUAAUAGACAGGAUAGAAUCGAAUUGGGACGGCUCUUCCAAGGUGCUGUUAGCUCACAGGAUUGGGAACUUUCCGAGAGACUGAUUCAUCUGGCUGAUCUACAAGCUUUGAAUGAUUUGUUGUGUAUUAGUCUAGAUUCUAUUUGGUUCUUGAGUACGGAGCAUGAGCUUCGGGGAAUCACGGGAUUGAUUGCAAAGAUCAUAUGUCAUGGUGCUCAUGACUAUACUAGAGCUACACUUAGGACUUCGUUUCUUGCUUCAUGUGUCUCAUCUUGCCAGAGCCGGACAGUGAGUCUUGCUGAUACUGUUACUGUAAUGGCUCAAAGGUUGCACGAGCGUCUCCAGGAGUGUAACGGUGAUGAGGUCCUCAAAGCAGAAGCUGGUGCCAAAGUUCAAAAGUUCACUGAAUGGGCCCUCAAAUGCAUAGGUUUCCACUCCCGAUGCCAGGGCGCUAGAGACAAAGCUGAGCAAGACUCAGCUGUUGAGAUCCAACUCCAGCUUUCUGCUUUCAAGAUGUUCUUAGAUCUUGCAGGAAACCAUCUGUCAGGAAAGGAUUUCACAGAAGCCUUUGAUGCAGCCUGCUUCCCGCUAACGCUUUUCUCUACCUCGUUUAACCCUGGCUGGGCUUCUGGAAUCUCAGCUACUGUGAUACAUGGAUUGCUCGGUAUGCUGGUGGAAGGAGGCGCAGAUAACGUGAAUCAGUGCUUUCUUGAAGCUUCUCGUUUUGGGAGCACAGAACUUGUGCGCAUCUUGUUGCAGAUUGCUCAAAGGAAUAGCUUAGACGUGGAUGUCGACUUAGCCCUGGGUUUUGCCUCACACUAUAGUAAAAUCGAAACGAUGGACUGCCUUGUGGAAGAAGGUCACGCCAUUUCUUUCUUGGGUCCCUUGAUGAGAGCAGCAGAGAGAGGUUGUAUGCAAGUAGUCGAAUGGUUUGUGAAAAGAGGCUGUCGUGAAAUGGAGCUUUGCUUGGCUCUUACAGCCGCAACUUCGAGCAGCCAGGUCGAGAUCGCUGCUUAUCUCCUUCCUCAUGUACCAAGACCAGUCCUCACUGCUCUCAGCAUCGAAAUCCUCAAAGCAGCCGGCGAAAGAAGCGGUGGUUCCCUCUACGGAGUAGAGUUUCUCCUUAAAUCCGAUUUCCUCGGGGAUCCAGCAGCCACUUAUUCAGUUGCAGACACCAUUGCAAAGUCAGAAGACGAGUCUGUUCCUUCAGAACUUAAAUCGUUUCUCCAAGAACAUUGGUCAGAGGCUGCAUUCAACCAAGGAUUGAGGGAAAGCCGUGAGAACUUCAUGAAUUUCAUGAGGGUUUUGAAGAUUGGGGAGUCUGCGAUAUGUUUAAAGGAUCUACCAGCUCCACUGAGAGUUGCAAUAGCUUACAUGCCGCUGUACAGAGAGUGUGUGAAGGCGGGUGGGCGGUUGCUCUCACAGAAGCUUAGGGGACAGCUCAUGGAAGCCGCGAAGCAGCUUCAAGGCUUUGAUGUGGACACAGAAGAAGUAUACAAAGGUCAUCAGCUCAUGGCAGUAUUGGAGCAUCACCUUCCUCUUUUUAUGGUCAAAGCUUCUUCUCGCUGAGCAACAAUGGAUCCAGCUUCCGAGUUAUUGGGAUUUAACCUCACCCAUUUUCUUCAUAUAUAGCUGGAAAAAUAAGAACUGAUAAACAAUCAUACCACUACAAUUUUGGAUCCGGAUCCAGUUUUUGAGAUGGUGAAAGGAGCUUUGUACAAACUAACGUCCUAUGAGAAUGUCUUUGUCAAGUCUCUUUCUCUGUCUCUUUACGCAUUUUAAACCAUUGGAGAUAAUCAAAACCUUUUGUGUUGUCCUCAACUAUAAAACAAAUAAAGAUACAUAUGUAAUCUUGCUUCUGUCUCGGUGGAAAUAAUCAUAUAAAGAAAUCUCAAAUUCUU